AUGGGCGCAGACUACUACAAAGUGCUCGGCGUGUCCAAAGAUGCCGACGACGAAACACUCAAAAAGGCGUACAAGAAGGCGGCGCUCAAAUGGCACCCAGACCGCAACAAGGACAACAUCGAGACGGCCAACAAAAAGUUCAAGGAGGUUGGCGAGGCGUUUGAGGUGCUGAGCGACAAGAACAAGCGGGCGAUCUACGAUCAAUUUGGAGAGGAAGGGCUGAAGGGUGCCGGCGGCCCACCACCAGGCGCAGAUGGGGCGGGCGGUGGAUUCGGCGGCUUCCCUGGUGGAGCAGGAGGUGGGUUUGGUAGCUUCCCAGGAGGCGGAGGCAGGACGUUCACGUUUACCAGUGGCGCGCCUGGCGGUAUGGGUGGUAAAGGCGGCAUGGGAGGCUUCUCUCCAAGCGAUCCCAACGACAUCUUUGCCAGCAUCUUCGGUGGAGCCAACCCCUUCGGCGGAGGAGGUAUGGGUGGCGGCAUGGGCGGCAUGCCAGGUAUGGGAGGAAUGGGAGGUAUGGGUGGUAUGGAAGACAUGUUCGGCGGAGGCGGAUCGCGAAGGAAAGCUGGUGGCGGCGGAAUGCCUGGUGGGUUCAACUUUGGCGGUGGCAUGCCAGGCGCAGGCGCAGGCCCAACCGCUUCGGCACCCGAAGAAAAGCCCAGCGACGUCGAAAAGCAACUUCCCCUCUCGCUGCAGGACCUCUACACCGGCACCACCAAACGUCUCAAGGUUGGGCGCAAGCUCGCCUCCGGCGGCUCGGAGGAAAAGAUCCUCACGGUCGAAGUCAAGCCAGGCUGGAAGAAGGGGACCAAGAUCCGGUUCGGUGGAGCUGGGCACGAAGUCUCCCCUGGUCUUUUCCAGGAUGUGGUCUUCAUCGUCGACGAGAAGCCCCAUCCGCACUUCCGACGCGAUGGCGACGACCUGCGCGUCACAAUACCCUUGAAUCUGGUGGACGCACUCGACCCGCCCAAGCCUGGCACCCCUGGAUCGAGGAGGCAGGUGGAAACGUUGGAUGGACGCAAGAUCGAUAUCCCUAUCCCACAACCUGUAGCGGGGAAGAACACCAUCACGCCCGGAAAGACGACGAGGCUGGCCAACGAGGGCAUGCCCAUCAGCAAGACGGGCGGCAAGCGCAAGGGCGAUCUGGUGGUCGAGUGGAGUGUGCAGUUGCCGGACAAUCUGACGCCGGCGCAGAAGGAGGGGUUGAGGAAGGUCCUCGCUCCUUGA